UUAUAGCCGAUGACUUGUUUACUUUUUUUUUUACUGUGGUAAUUGUGUUUUUAUUUUCUUCAGUUCUUAUGUCAUUACUAACUGAGCGUUCAUUCAGUCACAUAAAUCAGCUGCUGCACCUUUUUGUUUCCACACUCACUGACCUGUUUCACAUGGUUCCCUUCACGCUGUCCUUCAAACUGCUAUUGAGUUGUGUAAAUCAGUCUGAUGAGUCAUUAAUCUGGCAUCAACUUUUAUUACAGUCAUCAUAUUGUAAUCAGAUAAACCAGCAGCGAAGCAAUGUGGUUUGAACAUGACAGGAUUAUACAGAGGUUUAGCUUUUGUUUUUUAAUAUAAAGUGUGUUCAGUGCGACAGUCGUAUUUACUAAAGAAAGAACUCAUGGAAAACGUUUAUAUCAUAUUCAGUUAUGAAAAAAUGUGUUUUUUCCCAGACAAACACUCAAAUCCUUUCAGAUUUGACAAACAAAUAAAAAUCUUAACUCAAGGUCAUCUUAGUUUUGUCAGAGGUUCCUUUUACUGCUGUCUCCAUGACGACUGGCAUGUGCUGAUGAAGACCUUGAGAUGUGGUUGAAAGUCCUUGAAACAGUGAGGUGACCUUGAGUUCAGUUUUUUUUUUUAGUUUGACUUGUUGGUUUAUUAAUAUUUAAUUUUCGUCCAAAUACAUUUCACAAUAAUUUUAAAUUAUGUGAAAACUGCAAAGUUAUUCUGACUGCACACAGAAUAAAAAAAUAAAAUAUUUUAUAAUUAUUAUAAACACAAUAAAAAGCAAUCCCUCAUCAGUUUACUGUGAUAUGAUCAAAAAGAACUUUUAUUUGGUCCAACACUGUGUCAGUUGUUUCUUCCCCUGCCACGUGAUAUAAUUAUAUGAAUAGACAUUAAAUAAAUAUCUGGACUGAGUCAGACGUGCGAGCAGCUAUCAGCAGGUCCACAGAUUACUGAUGCUGAUUGAUAAGAGUCACUUUGAGCUCUGCUUCCAGUCGAAGGUCUCGUCCUUCGCAGCAGCUCAGCAGAUCUCUAUCAGAGUUACACAUUAAACUGGGAGGAAGCUGCAGGUGUGUCGACAGACAGGUGAAGCCUCACGCUCAGUUCGGUGUGAAGAUGAAGAUGAGGCUGGAGCUCCUUCUGGUCGUCACAGCGGUGAUCUGCACUGCCGGCAAACCUCUGAGCAAGGCAGCGCAGAGAAACAAGCUGCUGCUCAUCUCCUUCGAUGGCUUCAGGUGGGACUACGACCAGGACGUGGACACGCCGCACCUGGACCAGCUGGUGGAGGACGGGGUCAAGGCCAAAUACAUCACCCCGCCAAUGCUGACCAUGACCUCCCCGUCCCACUUCACCACCAUCACCGGCAGGUGGGUGGAGGAUCAUGAAGUCGUCCACAACAUGAUGUUCAACACGACAACGAACCAAAAAGUUCCUCACAAAAAGACCAUGAAAACAUCGGAGUGGUGGGAUAACGGAGUGCUGCCGUUAUGGAUCACAGCUCAGAACCAGGGUCUGAAAACUGCCUCCUUCCACUACCCUGGAGGCGGGGUAAGCUACCGCGGCCAGGCAGUAAACCGAGCGCUGGUGGAGGAGUAUGGUUUCCCAGACGACAAUGAGACCGAGUGGCGUGACAACAUUGACAAGGUGAUGAGCUGGUUCUCUGAGGAGGACUUCGACCUGGUGACGCUGUACUACGGUGAGCCGGAUAACGUGGGCCACGCCAAGGGGCCGGACCACCCAGACAGGAAGAAGAUCAUUCAGCAGAUCGACCGUACCAUCGGCUACCUGAGGGAGGCCAUCAGUCACCAUCACCUCAACGACAGCCUGAACGUCAUCAUCACCUCCGACCAUGGCAUGACCACCAUCAAAAAGCGGCCACAGGUGGAUGAGAUCAUCCUCAACAAGUACCUGAAUUUAAUCAAGCUCGCUAGCUUCGAGAUCUUGGACUACGGUGGGUUCGGCAUCCUGACGCCGCGUCCAGGGAAGGAGCAGGAGAUGUUUGACGCCCUGUCCAAAGCGCCCAAUCUGACGGUCUACAAGAAAAAUGAGAUGCCUGAGAGCUUCCAUCUCGCCAAAAGUAAGCGGCUGCCUCCCAUCGUGGUUGUUGCAGAUCUGGGAUUCAACCUGAACUCUAGAUUCAUCGUCUACGUCAACAAAGGUGACCACGGCUUCCACAGCGGAGAGAUGGACAUGAAGAUGAUCUUCAGGGCCUUUGGACCCGACUUCAAGAAGAACUUCCUGUCUGAGCCGUUUGACAGCAUCCACAUCUACCCUCUGAUGUGUAAAGUGCUGCAGAUCCAACCGGCGCCACACAACGGGUCUGUGACUGUGACAGAGAAGAUGCUGCUGCACAGCGGUGAGUCUGACGAGGUCAAAAUCACACUGUUACAUCAUCUGACCAAUCAUAGCAGGUUGGUGCAAAUUCUUUCAAAAACAUGGGGAAAAAAAUCCAACAAGCAACUCAGUAAGAAAUGUUCCACAAAUUACAAAUGUGCGUGUGUGUAUAGUCAGAAGAUUAUGAAAAAAAAGGGAGAAAGUUAAAGUUAGCAUUUUUAUAUUUAAAAAAUUCAAAUAUCUUACAUAAUUAUCUUAAUUUUAAGCCCUUUUCCCAGGUCAUUUCCAUUUUUUUAAUUUUUAAACUUUUUUUUUUAAACAAAUAUUCUUGUUUUUAUUUUUCUUAUUUUUAAUUCAAAAUUCUUUUUUUGUUGCUCAUUGCCUUCUUCCCAUGUGCUUGAAAGAUGCCAGGCUAAUUUGCUCAGGUUUCCAAGGGUUAACUGAUUUCCCUUCUGCUUAUAAUCAUGUCCAGCCUCAUGUUUCAGCUCACAGACUUUUAUCUAAUUAUAAUUUGAAUUUUAGUUCACUGAAUUUUUCACAAACAGGUCUCAGAGGGUCCAGGUUAAUGGGACACUGUCCAGUACCUGUUUGUCCUCUACUGGAGCCCCUCAGGGAUGUGUUCUUGCUCCUCUUUUAUUCUGUUUAUAGACAAAUGAAUGUCGGACUAAUCACACAUUGAGAUUUGUCCUUAAGUACACAAAUGACUCUACUCUUGUAUGUCGUCUUCAUGGAUCAGAAUAUGAUCAUGGACCAGUACUGGAUGAAUUUGUUAACUGGUCUGACCAGUCUUUCCUCCACAGUGAGAUGUUUCUUGAUUUUCGGAGGAGGCCCGGCCUUCCUGCUCCCUGUGUGAUGAAGGGGAGCCGGUGUAGCAAUACAAGUAUCUGAGCACUGUUUUAGAUGACAAGUUGAAUUUUGACGUGACAACAUCUGUUAGAAGGCAAACCAACAUCUGUUCUGUUUCAGGAAGCUGCUAAGUUUCGAUGUAGAAAGGACAAUCAUGAGUCUGUUCUUUCUUUAACGCAGUCUGUUCGUUUGGUAAUCUGAGCCAAGUUGUGCUGCAAGAUCAGUGGUGUUACUUUGAUUAACCUCCAGCAUCUGUAUGAAGAGACGGUCACCUCUAAAGCUUGCUCGAUUGUCUCAGAGCCUGAACAUCCCCUCCGUGUUUCAGAUGUUUCCAUCAGGGCAGAGGUUCAGCCUCCCUAAAUGUAGAAAGCAUUACAGAUCGUCUUUUGUUUCGUCUGCUAUCGCUUAUCUUAACCAGCAGUAACCACUAAUUGUCCAUGAUUUCCCGCUGACAGUGUGUGACACCUCACCUCACCUCACCUCACCUUUAAUAAAUGGUUCAAAUUGUAAAGGCUUUAAAUGAUAACAUCCGGCCUGUAGUCGUUGUUCAUUUAUCUUUGAGUGACUGCAGCAAACUCCAGGAACACAUCUCACUUCAUACUAUCAGUAACACUCACAGUACUAUGAAUCUAUCAGAGUAUUUGAUGUGGGUUCUCUUUGUGUUCAGGUGGAUCUCGGAGAGCUCGACUGUCUGCGGCUCUGCUGCUGCUGCUGCUCCUCAUCUUCACGGUGCUCUAACAGAUCCAGGAUCAGCUUCCAUUACUUCAUCUGAAGGUUUAAACCUUGUCAACAUCACCGUUCUCCAUCUUCAUCACAUCCUGUCUCAGUGAACUAUUACUGUCUGUGUAAAAUUUAACUAACUUAUGAUCGUGUGCCUUUUUAUUUUAUUUUGCAACAUGUGAUUGACGUGUUUGUACUGAUGCAGCAGAUGCAUGAUGAUCGUCAGCUGUUGGUGUCGGCUUUGUGCAGAUUUAUAGAUAAAUUCUAAGACUGACGGUGUUUAAGUAAAAGAUGUGAAGACUUGUUCCACCACUGAAAACAGUUUGGACACACUGACACAGAGCUUUUAUCACAUGACUACAAUGAUGACGUCCGAAGCUUCCAGCGUGACCGUUGUUCCAGGAAGCAUUUUGUUGGAUUUAUGUAGAAUUACAUAGAAUAUUUAUGUAAAUGUGAUGAGUGAAGCCAAUUAAAAAUAUUAUUCUGUCCUGUU